ACAAGGGCGAUGCUGAUCCAUCCUUCACCUCUCCUCGUAGUACUACUGACAAGCUGACCCUUGUGCAACAGCUUUGAACAGUGAAACGCACUACUCUCCGCAUCUUAGAAGAACGACAGCUCGUGCACAUGACCCUAGAGAAGCGUCUCGUCCACUUGUGAAGAGCAAACCAUUGGCAUCUCAGCGACUUGUCAUUUCCCCAACGUCUCGAUCACUCCAAGCAAGAUGUCGGACGCAACGAAAGCUCUCGAGUCUAUCAUUCUGAAUCCGGCCUAUCACGACCCGCUCGCCGUCGUCAAAGCUGCCCGAAAUGGUCUGGUGUACGGAGCCAAGAUCCGCUUCCCUCAUGCGCUGGUCAUGUCCAUUCUCUUCGGACGCGGCUCGAUGCAAGAUAGGAUGCGCUUCGUGUUCAAGGCGACCAAGCAGCACUCUUUGAACCUGUGCAAGUUCGCAUCGCUGUACAAGGCGCUGACCAUUCUUCUGAGACGCACAAACGGGGGCAAGCCUCGUUCCCUAGACAGCUUCAUUGGCGGUGUCGUCGGAGGCUAUGUCGUAUUUGGAGAGAGAAACGCUGUGAACGAGCAGAUUGUCCUCUACUGCAUCGCGAGAGUCGUUUCGGCCCUUCUACCACGCGAACCCGUGGCAGAAAACUGGCCCUCGCACAAGCCAAUUCCAACAGACUCAAAGACAUUUACCAUCUUUGCGGGGCUGGUAUGGGGAGCGGUCAUGUGGACUUUCGACCAAAGGAGACAGACGCUCCAGAAUGGUUUGGUCAACUCGAUGGACUACCUUUACAUAAAUGCGGAAAAGUGGAACAGUCUGCGAAACUUUCUCUGGCACAACGCAUAGGCUAUGCCAGCUGGACAUUCUCAAACGCCAGGAUUGCAGCAGCAAAGCAGCAUUGCACGGUAGAUGUACGCUCCCUUCGCGGUCAAGAACCUUUCAACGCAGUUCCUCCGCGGUUCCGCGAAGGGAUCAGAGAUCUUUGCCUGCGAGAGAGUCGGUCUAAGCAUGCAGUCCUCCUAUCACCUUCAACCUUCCUUUCUCUGUCCCCAAGAUCCUGCUUGAGGGCUGAUCGCGCUCAAGGUAUAGCACAGUGCAAUAUGGAGCUCAGUGUCGAAGAUCGGACAAGCGU